AUUACAAGGACUUGGUGUGGAGAGAGAUGAGGAGACGCGACUUCUCUCUCUACAAUGAGUAUGCCACUGAUAGAUGUCCAGAUUUCAAGGACUAUCCCUGGUCGGAGAAGAAUGAGGCCGUGGCUGAGGAAGUGAAGGAGAUACGGGAUAUGGUGAAGGGAUUGACGAGGCAGGUUAUGGAGAUUGUGACCGCCACAGGGGUCACGGCCUACCGCGACAAACCUGGAGGGCCCUAUUCGCUUCGCUGGGACCGUAGGAACAACGAUCCCUGGAGGAGUGUCGAGGAUAGAAAUCCUCGGACGCUGAUUGAUUAUCGUACGAGGGGGAGAGAGAGAGACGAUGAAUUAUGGCGACGCGGGGACGAUGAGAUAGACCGAGACCGCAGAGAUCACGAGCUGUUUGUGAGGGCAAGGAGGCUAGAUGAUUACCCCCGAAGCCCUCGCUAUGAGGCCGAUCGGGGUAGAGGCGACUCCUGCGGCCGAUGGGGGAGGGACGGCAGAUACGAGAGAUUAGACCGGGAUAGAUAUAGGGACGAAAGAUAUGAGAGGUCGGGUCGAGAUGGCUACAGAGGGAGUAGAUAUGAGAGAGGAGAUAGGGACUGGGAACGACAAGAAGGGUCACGUGGACGGUGUGAGCGCGGGGGAGAAGCGAGAGAGCAGCGCAACGAGACGCGAGGAUGGUACAACCGAGGGGACCAACGCGAUGGUUCACGAGGACACUAUGACUCGAGGAACCGCUGGAAUGACUCGCGAGGGCAGUAUGAGCAAGGAGGGUCUGGAGAAGACCGGCGCAACGAUUCGCGCAGUCGGAAUGAGAGAGGGGGAUAUGGUGUCUCAGAACCAUAUCCAAAGUCGCCUGACCCCAACGCGGCCAGGAAAUCGAUGUCUAGGGGCGCAGACGACAGGGCGUCUACUCCCAGGAACUCAUGCGUUUAUUGUAGAGGAGAAGAUCAUAUCAAGAGGGAUUGCCCGGACCUUAAACGGACAAUAGAAGAGGGACUUGUCGUGCUUGACGACCGCAAGUACAUCAAGUGGGCUGAUGAUCUCGGAGAUGUAUCGAUGUUCCCUUCGAUGAAGGAGAAUGUCGAAGCAAGAAGAAUAAAAACGAGUAAAGGAAUGGAGCCGGUCAGUGGCCAGAGCAUCAAGAUAACCUUUGAGGGGGACAUGGCGACCACACCCAUAAGGGUGGCAGCCACCAAGUCGGCGAGAGGGUCUACAUCGAAGAAAACUGACAUGGAUUACGUGAUGGCUGAGAAAGACGGGCAGCGGGUCGAUGGAGAGGAGGUUAUCCUUUCGCCGCGAAAGCGCGGAGUGAAGAAGUUCCUAAUGAAGAGCUCGCUGAACGAGAUUGACACGGUCGAGCCACUGAGGCGGACCCUUCGGCAACCCAUGCAGUGCUCUAUUCUGGAGUACCUGGCGGCAUCGAAGCCAACUCGUAAUGAGUUAUAGAUGAUCACGAGGAAGACCCGCAUACCUCUAUCGGAGGAGGGUCAGGGGGCCCCUAAGGCGGAAGCUUCUAUAKUAGGAGUAACGGGAGUGA